AACUCACUGUUGUCCUGUACUCUACAUGCCCAGGAUGACUCAUGAGUUUUAAUGAGCUUUAAGGAAACUGAAAUUAAGCUGAUGAUCGUCUGAGGACUUGGCGGUGUCCUCCUUUUAUAAUCAUCUGAUAAUAAUGUUAUAAGGAUGCGAGAUGAGCGUCUAUGCCAGAUGUGUACACGCUCCCUCAAUAAUGUCCCCGAACAGGCCGCGCUGUAAAGCAGCCGACAGGUACAGGAGUUCAGGUCCUGGUGUACAGGGACUCCUCAUAUGCGCCGUACCUGUGUCUUUAUAAAGCUGGCAGGAAGCAGAGAGUCGUCUAAAUCCCACACCGGGACAAAUUCACACAUCCAGAAGCCAGGCUACAUCUCCUCCAGCUCCGUGCCCGAGUGGCCUGACUAUAUUGAGAUUAAGGAUGAGGAGCAGAUUGAGGGUUUGAGGAGAGCGUGUCAGCUCGCUAGACAUAUCCUCCUCCUCGCUGGAAGCAGCCUCGAGGUUGGUAUGACAACAGACGAAAUCGACUUCAUCGUGCACCAGGAGACGAUCAGACACAAUGCCUAUCCCUCUCCACUGCACUAUGGUGGAUUUCCCAAGUCUGUGUGUACAUCUGUCAACAAUGUGGUGUGUCACGGCAUUCCAGACAGUCGGCCACUUCAAGAUGGAGAUAUCAUUAACAUAGAUGUUACCGUUUACCUGGAAGGUUACCACGGCGACACCUCAGAGACAUUUCUUAUUGGUUCGGUGGACGAGCGAGGUAGGAAGUUAGUGGGCGUGACACGACAGUGCAGAGACGAGGCCAUCGCUGCGUGUGGACCAGGACGCCCACUAUGUGUCAUCGGCAACACCAUCAGUGAAAUCGCCCAUUCGAAUGGCUUGUGUGUGUGUCCAUAUUUCAUUGGCCAUGGCAUCGGGUCUUACUUUCAUGGUCACCCCGAGAUCUGGCAUCAUGCCAAUGAUAAUGGCACGCUGAUGGAAGAAGGCAUGGCCUUCACAAUAGAGCCCAUUCUGAUGGAGGGAACCUCUGAAUUCAAGAUCCUCAGUGACAAGUGGACGGCUGUCUCAAUGGAUGACAAAAGAUCAGCCCAGUUUGAGCACACAGUCGUCAUCACUUCUGAUGGUGUGGAGAUUUUGACCAAAUUGGCACAUGAGGACUGAAUGUGGUCAAGUGUGUUGUUUGAGUGAAGAUUUUAUAUGAGGUGUAUAGUAAAGUAAAAACUUUGUGUUUAAACGACUGUUCAAAGAAGUUGCGAAGUCUCUCUGUUCAAAAGCUAUUCCUGAUUAAAGAAAAAACUAAG